UUGGUGAGGAGCAGAAAGAAGAGGAUGAGGAGCAGGGGGAGUGGAACAUACCAGCUCAAGGCAGUGCUGACUAGGGAGUCAGAUUUCCAGCAGGCAGCAGUGCAGCCUGAAGAGAGGGGAGAGACUGAGUCAGAUUUGCUUUAGGACACUCCCAUCGUUUAAAGGGCCUGAGCUGAGCUAACAUUCUGUGGACUCUGCUUGAGUCUGGAUGUCAGAGUAAGUGUGGCAUACACACCUCCCCAGACAGCCUCUUGAAUCAGCCUGGGUCGAAGCUGAGCCCUGGGUGGGAGAGGUGCCUCCCUAGGUGCCUCCGCAUCCAACAGUGACUCUGUGGUGAGGUCUGUACUUUGAGGAGCCACUGUGUCUAACAUUGUACGUAGAGAAGCUGCAGCAUCAUCUACAAGACAGUCAACCUGUUCAUAAGGAUUAAGGUGACUGUUCUCCUCUGUGUAUCUACAAGACAUCUGCUUGAAUCUGGCAACAGCAACUUUCCACUGGUGUGAACCAAGCAUAACAAUGGAGCCUGAAGCUUCCCACCAUUCAGACAUGUUCUGUGCAGGAACUGAAGAUGACCCAGACAUCAAAGUGAUGAUGGCAGGAUCGACCCUGAGGAAGGUUAAGUCCCGCUCGUGGAAGAAGCAGCGGCAUUUCCGCCUCUUGGAGGAUGGCAUGACGAUUUGGUACAAGUCCCGAUGGGCAGGAAAAGGCCACUCCACCUUCUCAGUGACAGAAGUGGAGGCGGUGCGUGAGGGCCACCAGUCCGAGCUCCUGCUGAGCAUCGCUGAGGAGUUCCCUGCCAACCUCUGCUUCACCUUGGUCUUUCAUGGUCGCCAGGGCAACCUGGACCUUGUGGCUGACUCCCCAGAGGAGGCCCAGGCCUGGAUUCAAGGGGUACGCAAGCUUAUUCACAAGGUUCAAACAAUGGAUGAGAAGGAACGGCUGGACCAAUGGGUCUGGGACUGGUUUCACAAAGCUGAUAAAAACAAGGAUGGGAAGAUGAAUUUCAAAGAGGUUCGGAAACUGCUGAAGAUGAUGAAUGUUGACAUGAAUGAAGACUAUGCCCUCCAUCUCUUCACGAUGGCUGAUAAGUCAGAGAGUGGCUCCUUGGAAAUAGAGCAGUUUGUUCACUUUUAUAAGAUCCUGACGCAGAGGGAUGAAGUAUGGAAGGUGUUCCAGGAUUACUCUGGAGAUGGAGAGAAGUUAAUGCUGGAGGAGCUGGAGAACUUCCUCAGAAUUGAGCAACAGGAAGGAGAGCGGAGUGCUCAGCAUGCGGAGGAGCUCAUUGACUGCUACGAAACGUCAGAGUCAGUCAAGGAGCAAGGUGCCAUGUCAUUAGACGGCUUCCAGAUGUAUCUGUGCUCCCAGGAUGGCUCCAUAUUCAAACCUGAGCACCGUGAGCUGCACCAGGACAUGAGCCAACCACUCAGCCACUACUUCAUCUCAUCAUCACACAACACCUACCUUCUGGAGGACCAGCUACGAGGACAGAGCAGCCUGGAGGCAUACAUACAGGCCCUGAAGCGAGGCUGCCGUUGCGUGGAGGUGGACUGCUGGGACGGCAGCGAUGGAGAACCCAUCGUGUAUCAUGGUCACACUCUGACCUCAAAGAUCCUCUUUAAAGAUGUCAUUUCAACAGUCAAAGAGUACGCCUUCAAGGCGUCAGACUUCCCCGUCAUCCUGUCCCUGGAGAACCACUGUGGAGUGGAGCAGCAGACAGUCAUGGCAGAGCACCUUAAGCUGAUCCUGGGUGAUAUGCUUCUGACCACGCUGGUGGAUGGACAGAUCCCCCAGCAGCUUCCUUCUCCAGAGCAAUUAAAGGGCAAAAUUUUGCUGAAAGCCAAGAAGAUUGGUGGUUUAGAAGACUGUUUUGAUGAAACCAUGACAGAUGAAGUGAGUGAUGAGGAAGAGGAUUGUGAUGGUGAAAGCCCUUCAGGAGAACAGCCACCUGCUGAGUGCCUCACUCAAAAUGAUAAGAAAUCAAAGUCCAAAGUGUCCCAGGAUCUGUCAGACCUGGUGGUUUACUGCAAGAGUGUGCAUUUCCAUGGCUUCGAACACGCUUAUUCACACAGCAAAUGCUAUGAGAUGUCUUCAUUCUCUGAAUCCAAAGCCAAGAGGCUCAUUAGAGAAGCAGGGAGAGAGUUUGUGCAGUACAACACAAGACAGCUGAGCAGGAUCUACCCCAGUGGCCUCAGGACAGACUCCUCCAACUACAACCCACAGGACAUGUGGAGCGUAGGCUGCCAGAUAGUGGCCCUGAACUUCCAGACAGCGGGUCUGGAAAUGGAUCUGAACGAUGGGCUGUUCAGGCAAAAUGGCUGCUGUGGCUAUGUCAUCAAGCCUGACUUCAUGAGAGACAGCUCCACAUUGUUUAGCCCAGAGAAGCCUGAGGAGCAGCAGAACUACAGGCCCCUGCGUUUGUCCAUACAGGUUAUCAGCGGACAGCAGCUGCCAAAGGUGAAUCAGAAAGAGGGCUCCAUUGUAGACCCUCUGGUCAGGGUGGAGAUCUACGGGCUGCCCCAGGACCAGGCCCGAGAGGAGACCAGCCACAUCAACAACAACGGUUUUAACCCGGUGUGGAAUGAAACUCUCAAUUUCAUCCUCCACACCCCUAAACUGGCUCUGGUACGAUUUGUGGUGGAGGAUUAUGAUAAAGCUUCGAGGAACGACUUCAUGGGACAGCUCACGCUUCCAUUUACCUGCAUCCAAGCAGGAUAUCGUCACAUACACCUGUUAUCUAAAGACGGAACAGCAAUCCCUCCUGCCUCAAUCUUUGUCAACGUCAACAUCUCAGAGCUGACAUAAAGAACACAUGCUUUUAGAUAAGGUCAAGAAAUAUUCCAUGCAUGGAGGGAUGUGAUGGCAACACAUGCAUUUGAGUUGAACUAUAUCCAGAAACAUUAGUAAUAACUUGUAAGAAAACAAAUACUGCUAUUAACAUGAUUACAUAGUAGUAGUACAAUUAAAUACCUGCUUAAAAUUUACUUAAAAAUUAAAAGACCAGUUGUGUGAAUGCAAUGUCUGUAAAUACGAGCUAAGCAUUUUUAAUUCAAUUCAAUUCAAUUUUAUUUAUAUAACGCCAAAUCACAACAAAGUUAUCUCAAGGCACUUUACAAAGUAAGGUUUAAGACCUCACACAACUAAACCCGACAAAUCCCACAUACAGCAAGCAUUUAAUUUGACAGCAACAGUGGAGAGGAAAAACUCCCUCUCUAACGAGGAAGAAACCUUCAGCAGAACCAGACUGGAUGUGGGCGGCCAUCUGCCUCGACCGGUUGGGGUGAGGGGAUAGAGAGAGAGAAAAGCACAGCAACAACAACAAGCAACAACAAGCAACAAAAGAGUACAGACAGGACGGUUGGACCAGGGACUGGAUACAGACAGGAUGGUUUGAUCCGCAGCUGCCCAUCACAGACACCAAACUUUGAGUCCAAUGAUACCUGUAGCUGAGGACAGAGUGAAGGAGAGAGAGAGAGAGAGAGAGAGAGAGAGAGAGAGAGAGAGAGAGAGAGAGAGAGAGAGAGAGAGAGAGAGAGAGAGAGAGAGAGAGAAGCACAACUACUGGAGAGAAAGAGACAAGGUCCCCCAGCAGUCUAUGUCUAUUGCAGCUUAACUAAGAGAUGGUUCCUGUGACUAACAAUCAUUGCCAGUGACCUGAACCAUCUCUAACUAUAAGCUUUAUCAAAAAGGAAGGUUUUAAGCCUAAUCUUAAAGGUGGAGAGUGUGUCAGCUUCUCGAACCUGAAGAGGGAGCUGGUUCCAGAGGAGAGGAGCUUGGUAGCUAAAAGCUCUGCCCCCUGUUCUACAUUUAAACACUCUAGGAACCACAAGUAGCCCAGCGCUCUGAGAACGAAGUGUUCUGCUGGGAGCAUAAGGAACUAUGAGGUCUUUAAGAUAAGAAGGAGCUUUAUCAUUGAGUACUUUGUAGGUGAUUUUCAUUUAUUAACAUGUAUUCACAUGUACAUUUUGGACUCAUUGUUUAGUUAGAGAUGUAAUGGCCUUCUUUAUUGCUAACUGGUUGUUGUCUGUGAUGAUUUACAAAACAUUUUUGAAACAACAGCUGAUGUCAGAUGUCUGGAGCUAAACUCACCCCUUCAAUCAAAGGCUAUGUAUGUUUACUAUUACAUACAUAUUUGAGAGUGCUUUUUCUGAUUUGGUUAAUGUUCCCUGGAAACCCGGUGCUACCCCUUAAAUAAAUAAACAUAUACAGAAUCUUAAUCAUUUAAACUUGACCAUUUUGCAAAUAUUAUUAGCAACAGAUAACCAUAAUAUCAAGCAAAUAGCCAGUUUUGCCACAUCUACAUCAUUAGCAUGGUGCCUCCUUCCCUCAUGUAUUACCAGUUGUUAUAAUUUGCACUGCUGUUCACAGAAGUCUACUUAGUUCAUAAUUAUAGUAGAUGUGAUCACCUUUGUGGCAGCUGAAAACCGAGACAUUCUGACCUAGAUUUAAGGGCAGAGUUCCUGUGUUGGAAUGAGUUAUACUAAACAGGUGGAAGUAAAUGUGGUUAGUGAUGUUUGUGUUUGUUUUCAGUGCUCGUCAGUGAACCCUGCUUGAUCUGCUUGAAGUCUUAUAAAUAAACCACAUUGUCCAAAUUAAA